ACGGACAGUGGCGUCGCGAUGCGGGCUCUAUUAUCAUUAUUUUAUCAUCGCAGGCGGAUUGUGUUGUUUUAUUAUUUUUGUUGUACGAGCUAUUGUUUAAUUGUUGUUGACAGAUUUUCGGCGUAACAUUUCUGCCGGUGUCCGUAGAAAGUGAAAACGAUGGGCAAACACAAGAAGGCUAUUAGUUCUGACGAAUCGUCGGACUUUAGCGACGAUGAUGUUAGUAUGUCCAAGAAAAAGAAACGAUCGAAACCGUCUUCGCCGACUAACCGUAACCAUAAGAAAAAAACUAAAAGGAAGUCGAAAAAACCGAUCUACGAUUCAGAUUCGUCAUCGCUGUCUGAAGGAGAAAUAGUCGACGAAAAACCUCAAAAGAAACAAACUGUUAAAAAACGAUUAACCAAAAAAUAUGAUGUAUCCGACGAAUCAAUAGAGAGUAGUGAUGAUUCCGAUUCUAGAUCCAGAGUUCAAGAACAGAUUAGUGAAUCUUCAGAGUCUGAAGAAGAAUUUAAUGAUGGUUAUGAUGACGAGUUAAUGGGUGAUGAUGAAGACAAAGAACGUCUUGCUCUAAUGACUGAAAAAGAACGUGAAACGGAAAUAUUUAAACGUAUUGAAGCCAGAGAAACAAUGAAAACAAGAUUUGAAAUUGAGAAAAAGCUUAAACGAGCAAAAAAGAAAGAAAUGAAAGAACAAAAAUCUUUAGAAAGAAGUAUGGCUUCUUACAAAUCAGAAUCAUCUAACACUAGUUCUGUGCCUUUAGAUCUAAAAGAUCGAGUGAAAGAAAGAAAAAAGAAUGUUGAAGAAAAUAAAGGCAAAGGUGAUAAAAAAGCUGCCAUGAGCCUGCUAAAAGCUAGACGAGAAGAAAAAAAAGAAAGAGAAGAAGAAAAAGAAAAACAACAAAAAAAAGACAAGGAACAAAGAGGAGAGGAAGAUGAUGAGGAGACAAGUGAUAAACAAACUGAUCAAAAUCGAACCAAAUUGAAAGCUUCUGAUAUUUAUUCUGAUGAUAGUAAUUCUUCAAGUGAUUCUGGUUCAAGUGAAUCUAUAAAAAAAGAUCGUAAUUUCCAAGACUCUGAUUCAGAUACUAAUGAAAAAAAGAUACAUUACAUUACGAAACGAGAUGAGUUAAAUAAAAUAAGAUUAUCAAGAUUUAAGAUGGAAAAAUUUGUGCAUUUACCUACAUUCAAAAAAACUGUCAUUGGAUGUUUUGUUCGUAUUGGAAUUGGCAAUUAUAAUGGAAUACCUGUUUAUAGAGUUGCUGAAAUCUGUGAUGUUUGUGAAACCGCUAAAGUAUAUCAAUUAGGAAGUACUCGUACUAACAAAGGAUUAAGACUUAGACAUGGGACCAAUGAAAAAGUAUUUCGUUUAGAAUUUAUUAGUAACCAAGAAUUUACUGAGAGUGAAUUCAUUAAAUGGAAAGAACUUUGUUAUAUGAAUCAUAUUACACUACCUACAUUAGAAGAACUUGAAACUAAGAUAAAAGAUAUUAAAGCUGCAUUGGCUUAUCAAUUUAAAGAAGAAGAUGUUGAAAAAAUAGUUCGUGAGAAAGAGCGUUUCAAAACAAAUCCUCAUAAUUAUGCAAUGAAAAAAACCUCAUUAAUGAAAGACAGAGAUGAUGCACAGGCAUUAGGCAAAGUAGAUGAAGUUUUGAAAAUUGAACAACAAUUAUCAGAGUUAGAAGAGCGAGCUAAUCACUUAGAUAAAAUGAGAACAAGUACUAUAUCUAGUAUAAGUUACAUAAAUGAUAGAAAUCGAAAACGAAAUGUUGAAGAAGCAGAAAAAGCAAUUUUGGAAGAACUAAAGGCUAAUAAAGGCAAGAAAAUAGAUGAUCCAUUCACUCGCAGAAGUACCAAACCUUGCAUGAAAUUUAGAGCAAAACCAAAUUCUGGUACUGACGGUUCAACAGUCCCAGAUAUGGAUGAGUCUAAAAAUGAUAUGGAUUCUAAUGAUGCAAAAGAUACUGAUGGAAGUUCAAAAAGUAGUACAUUAAAAGCUGAUGAUUUGUAUGCUGUACAUGAUUUUGACAUUGACUUGAAUAUUCAACUACCAAUAUAG